CAACCAUGCAUUGAACCCCUAAACCAGCAACGACGAACAUACUAGGUGUUACACUUUCCUAUGUUGCGCACUCUGCUGUGACAAUACAUACCUACGGUGGCGUGAAAAGUAGCAAUGAAUAGGAAAUAACGUUAGCAAGUCUUCUUUGUCGUUGUAAUGUUCAUGCAGCGUUUUGUCAGGACAACAUGUUUGUGUCGCUCCUGAUUGCCACUUUAACGGUACUGUUUCCACUCGGGCAUACAUCACUACCUCUCGUGAUCAAUACGUGGCCAUUCAAGAAUGCAACGGCUGCAGCAUGGAGUGCCCUGCAGUCCGGUGGCUCGGUGUUGGACGCAGUGGAGAAGGGCUGUGCCCGCUGUGAAAUGGAACAGUGUGAUGGCAGUGUAGGCUAUGGCGGGAGCCCCGAUGAGUCUGGAGAGACCACGCUGGAUGCCAUGAUCAUGAACGGGGAUACAAUUGAGGUGGGUGCAGUUGCAGACCUGAGAAGAAUCAAGAAUGCCAUUGGAGUAGCAAGAGCUGUGAUGGAGCACACUGACCAUACACUGCUAGUGGGAGAGUCAGCUUCUGUGUUUGCUGAAAACAUGGGCUUCAUUGCUGAAGACCUGACUACCAACACAUCUGUGAAUAUUUUCUCACAGUGGCUGAAGGGCAACUGCCAACCUAAUUAUCGAAAGAAUGUGCUUCCAGAUCCUUCCAAGUCCUGUGGACCCUACAAGCCCAGGGCAACAGUGAAACAGAACAUCAGGGCGCAGCAUGCUAAUGCACACUCCCAUGACACCAUAGGAAUGGUUGCUCUUGAUAAAGACGGUCACGUGGCUGCUGGUACGUCGACCAAUGGACUAACUCACAAAGUUCCAGGUCGUGUAGGGGACUCUCCUAUCGUUGGAGCGGGGGCCUAUGCAGAUAGCUCAGCUGGUGGGGCUGCUGCUACCGGAGAUGGAGACCUCAUGAUGCGCUUUCUGCCAAGUUAUUUGGCUGUGGAGCUGAUGAGGGCCGGGGCAGAUCCCUCGGCAGCCUGCAAGACGGCCAUUUCCAGAAUCAAGAGGCAUUACUCAGAGUUCUUUGGAGCCAUCAUCUGUGCUAACACAAGUGGCCAUUAUGGUGCGGCCUGUAACAAAGCCCCUGGUCUCUCCCAGUUCCACUACAUGGUGUCAGACUCUGAGUCAGAUGCACCCCUCCUGAAAUCUGUGGACUGCUUUUAAAUAGUCUAUGAUUGUUGUUUAAAUAGUCUAUGAUUUAUAUGAUAAAUUAAUUAACCUCCUGUAUUUUUAUGCGGAUUAUUUGGAUUUAAUUCCUGAAUAAACUGUAAAAACAAGUAAUUGAGUAGUA